AUGGACAUGUCUAAAUCGCAUACGGGCGGGGAGGAGGACAGCUGGAUGGAAAAAAUGUCCUCCGUGCCUGAUGGCAAGAAAUUGGUCCGUAGUCCGAGUGGACUUCGUAUGGUGCCCGAGAACGGAGCAUUCAACAGUCCAUUUUCACUAGACGAGCCACAAUGGGUCCCGGACAAAGAAUGUCCAAGAUGCAUGCAGUGCGAUUCAAAAUUUGACUUCAUCACCAGAAAGCACCACUGCCGGCGCUGUGGGAAGUGCUUCUGCGAUAAGUGCUGCAGUAAGAAGGUGGCGCUCCCACGCAUGUGCUUCGUGGACCCGGUGCGGCAGUGCGCAGAGUGCGGCCUGGUCUCCCAGAAGGAGAUGGAGUUCUACGACAAGCAGCUCAAAGUGCUUAUGGCUGGCGGUACGUUCCUGGUCACCUUGGGUACGUCAGAGAAGUCGGAGACCAUGGUGUGUCGUCUCUCAAAUAACCACAGGUAUCUCUUCCUGGAUGGGGAAAGCCACUUUGAGGUGGAGCUGUCUCGGAUCACAAGCAUGCAGGUCCUGACUGAGGGCGUCACCCCAGGAGAGAAUGACAUUCACACUUACACCAGUCUGCUGGAGAGUCAGUAUAUAUCAGAAGGUGGAAACCCCAGAGCCAGUGGCAUGCUGCUCCACUAUAAGAUGGUGGGCUCUCUGGACCUGCAGCAGUUGCGCAUGGAGGCUGCUGAUGACAAGAAGGUUGCAUCCGCCUGGCUGGCUGCCAUGCACAAGGCCGCCAAGCUGCUGUAUGAAUCGCGGGAUCAGUGACCUGGUGAUGAGGCGGAAGGGGAGAGCACAGACCCAAGUGUAUCCUGCUGCUCAGUCUCGCGCGUAUUCUGACAUGCCUACAGUCUGUUUACUCUGCUUUCUGUUCCCACUUCAGGCAGAAUGGAUCUCUAGUUGUCAGUGCUGUUGAGGUCCACAGGUAUUUACUGACUCUAGUGCAAUAUAUACGUUUAAUAAAUGCUUUAAAUGUAGUCUCACUUAUUGGAUUUUGUAAAAACUAUUUUGUUAAAUAUUCCUAUUUUAACACAAUGAAGACGCAGUGUACGUACUUUUUACUGCUAAAGCAUUUACUAUAGUUUUUUCUAGCAUUCAUGUAUGUUGGUUUUUCCUACACUAAGGGGGUGAAUUUAAUAUUUGCUUUCAUGGAAUGAGUGGGUAUUGUCCCAAGCAAACAAGGUUGUGAUUUUAUUUUUUAUUUUUUAAAGAAGUGCGCUGCUAAACCCCUUCACUACACUAAAAUCUAAAACCUGUGCACAGCUCUCUGAAAGAAUGAUGUGAAGAUAUAAUGCUAUACAAAUGCAUAGGUUUGUGUGCAUUUAACCAAGUCAGUAUUCCUCAACCUCACACCAAAUACCAACAAACACUGCUUUUCUUAAAUGUCUAUGAUUGAGCUUGAUCGAUUUGAAUGACUUUUUAUCAUCUCAGCAAGGUUGGAUUGAAAAAUAAAGCCAUGGCAUAAAACGUUCCCUUGAUAACCAAGAUUGUCAUAUAAAUAUUUUUAACAAGUUGUUUUAUUAAUUAGGAAACUUCAUCAAAUAAAAUUUCCUACUCUUGCAGCUGUCCACACCAAACGUGUUGUGAUUCUAAACUAGUAACACAUUUUUUUGAUAAGAGGCAUGUUUAAAGUUGUUUGCUAGAUGUGGAUAAUGUGGCAUUAUGUGUUGCAGUGCACCAGUAUGUGUGUUUUAUGUCAGAUUGUGAGGUUAAUUGUCUUCACUGAAUUUGCCAGGCUUUUCUUUAGAGAUUGAUAUAUUAUUUGAUACGACCAGGUGUCCUUUUCCUGAAAAAAAAAAAAAUAUAUAUACAACUUUUUUUGUAUUUAGUCAGGGACUUUGUUCUUGAAGCUUCCAUUUAAAUCUAAUGCAUUAUCAGUUAGGUGUCAUGAAGUUGUUCUCCUCACAUGAGAUUCUCCGAGGUCCAAGUAUGCAUUUUGACGUGGAUGAACUAGAGGCCAUUGAAACCCCAGUUAGAAAGUACGUGCAUUCAGAUUAGUAUUCAGUUGCAGAAUAAGGGUUUAAAAAAUUAACUACAGUUUAAACGGCAGUCAUGGUGUUACAUGAAUACAUUCAGAAAUAGUUUUGUAACACUUUCCUAUCUCUGAUUUCCAGAUUUUUUUUUUUACAGUACUUGUCUUACAGUAAUUUUAUUAUAGUUUACAAAUGUAUGUGCAUACAAUGUUCAAUUUUGUUAUAUUAUCCUAACUCAAAUUAAAGACAGUUAUUUGUAUCCA